AUUACUUAUUGAUGGGUCGGAAAUUACAGACUGCAAGAAUCUGAACCAAGUUCAGCGAUAUAUGUGUAUGUACACACAUAUCUAUAUAGAGAGAGAAGGAAAGAGAGAGAGAGAGAGAGAGAGAGAAAUGUCUGCAUGAUAUUGUGAGACUCUUAAGAAAGGAACUGGUUUUGGUCUAGAUCGGGGGAGUAAGAAGCUGGGCUUGAGCUGAAGAAGAAGAAGAUGCAGGAGAGGCUCGAAACGGCGAGAAGUUGGUGACUGAGAAGGCAAAACAACACGAAGUCGGAGAGGAGAGGAGGAGACAAAAAAAGGAGGGGGGGGAGCGAUUUCGUAACUGAAACAGAGCCAAAGAAAAAAAUCCCAAAGAUGAAAAAUUUAUCCAACAGUUGCCUGAAUUACGUUUUCCGUAAUGAAUACAGACAGAAAUAACCGUCGUGUCUUGUUAAAGAAAAGAGAGAAACCCUUUUUCCCCCUUCUUUGAUGGGUCUUCUUCUUCCUCUGUGUUCCUUGAUGGGUUAGCGUUGAGCGCGUGAAGGGUUUUCUUUUCCGAAGCUCUAUAACUUUUCCCCCUCUGGCUUUGUACUAUUUGGAAGAAAGCUUUGGUUUCUCUUUUUCCUGUUUCAUCUGGGUUUUUCGAUGGCGAAUGCGGAUGGUGAUUUCAUGGGCUCUUCCAUAUCUGACGGAAGAUCAGGUUUUGAUCACGAUGAUCUGUAUACGGAGCUGUGGAAAGCAUGUGCAGGGCCUUUGGUGGAGGUCCCUGGUGUUGGAGAGAGGGUUUUCUACUUCCCACAGGGUCACAUGGAACAACUGGUGGCGUCAACUAAUCAGGGGCUUGAUGAGCAUAUUCCUCUUUUUAAUCUUCCUGCCAAGAUUCUUUGCCGGGUCCUCGGUGUCACGUUAAAGGCAGAGCAUGAGACAGAUGAAGUUUACGCUCAGAUCACCUUAAAACCAGAGAACGAUCAAAGUGAACUCACAAGCUCUGAUCCACCCCUCCCUCAACCGCCUAAACAAGCUGUUCAUUCGUUUGUUAAGAUUCUCACAGCGUCAGACACGAGCACCCAUGGUGGAUUCUCUGUUCUGCGUAAACAUGCCACUGAGUGCUUGCCUGCCCUGGACAUGACACAAGCUACUCCAGCUCAAGAACUGGUGGCCAGAGAUCUUCUUGGGUUCGAGUGGAGGUUUAAGCAUAUAUUCAGAGGGCAACCUAGGAGGCAUCUGCUUACGACAGGAUGGAGUACCUUUGUUACCUCGAAGAGACUAGUAGCUGGAGAUGCCUUUGUGUUCUUGAGGGGUGAAAAUGGGGAUUUACGGGUCGGGGUGAGACGUCUGGCCCGGCAGCAGAGCACGAUGCCUUCGUCUGUUAUUUCUAGUCAGAGCAUGCAUUUGGGAGUUCUUGCUACGGCUUCUCAUGCUGUUUCUACCAAAACCCUGUUUGUAGUGUUUUACAAGCCUAGGAUAAGCCAAUUCAUAGUAGGAGUCAACAAGUAUAUGGAGGCUGUGAAGCAUUGCUUCUCUGUCGGUAUGUGGUUCAGGAUGAGAUUUGAGGGAGAAGAGUCUCCUGAGAGAAUUUUUACGGGUACUAUUGUGGGGAUCGGAGAUCUAUCUCCUCAGUGGCCAGAUUCUAAAUGGAGAUCAUUGCAGAUUCAAUGGGAUGAGCCAGCGUCGGUUCAGAGACCAGACAGGGUCUCUCCAUGGGAGAUAGAACCUUUCUUGCCAUCUCCAUCGGUGGCAAGGCAUUCUCAGCCUCAGCCUCAGCUCAAGUGUAAGCGGUCCAGACCCAUCGAUUCACCGAUUUCAGAUAUGGCAGCGAGUUCAGCUGCGUCUAAUUUCAUGUACGGCUUCCAUCACGGCCAUGAGCCCAAUGCCUCCCUGACACUGUUCCAAGAAUCAUCAUCAGCUGGUGGUUAUUCCCCGUCUGUACUUUUUAAGCCCACAAACAACAGCAUCACAUCUGAGCAAAAACCGGAGACCCCCACGAGCUGUUUUAGGUUGUUUGGGUUCGAUCUCACGAGCAAGCCCUCUGCUCCUACUCCCACUGACAAGGAACCAAUCAGCAUGCCACUGGACAGUACCUCUGGUUCUGCAAAGUGCCAAGAUCCGAGCUUGGUGAAGGAGCAGAAGAAGCAAGAUGCACCUGUUUCGUCAUCAUUACAGGGAAGGCAACAAGAGUCGGCUAACACUUCCACCAGGAGCCGAACCAAGGUGCAAAUGCAAGGUAUGGCAGUAGGACGAGCUGUCGAUCUGACAGUCUUGAGAUCGUACGAGGAAUUGAUAGAAGAGUUAGAGAAGAUGUUUGAGAUGGAAGGACAGCUUCGUUCGCGGGACAAAUGGGCUGUCGUUUUCACUGACGACGAGGGUGACAUUAUGCUCGCCGGCGAUGAUCCUUGGAUCGAGUUCUGUAAGAUGGCGAAGAAGAUAUUCAUAUAUUCGAGCGAGGAGGUGAAGAAAAUGAGCACUAAAUCGAAGGUAUCGUCCUUGUCCAUGGAGGGUGAGGGCACCAUCGUAAGCCUCGAUUCCGACCAGAGGCUCCUCAGUUAAAAGAGCUUUUUAUAUGGAAACAUCACUUUGGUUUCUGCUUUUGUUUUGUUUUGUUUUUUUAAUGUCUCACGUAACGAAAUAAGUAGAUGGUUUGUUAAUUAAUGUAAAAGACUCCCACUAUUACGCUGUUGUAUAAAUUAGGACUCAAUUGAUUUUUCGACAGGAACAAAACAAUUUCCGUGGCCGUCGA